AUUUGAAAGUUGACCGGAAACAACCGUGAGGAAAACAGUGUGCUCUUAAGCACAUAAAUAUAGCUAUGUAAAUUAAAAACAGUAUUAUAACUACCUACAUGACAGUCUGGUUUGAAUAAUUCGUGAACGCAAGGGGUUUAAACGUUGUCUCGCUACCAGGUUGUGUGUUGUGAAGAGGCCAUGCUGAAGUUCAAAUACGUCAGUCAGGGAAACCUGAAAAUGCAGUCGUCCUCUGCUGACCCCAUCACUAGCCGCAGCUCGCGACUCAACCAGCUGUUUCAGGGACGAGUGAGUCUGUGUGGGCAGCAAGGAGGAUGCGCUUUAGGUCGGGAAGAGUUUCUGGAAGCUUUGCUGCUUCUCUACCAAGAAUGCAGUUCCCCAGAGCUUAUGAAGAUACAUCAUGUAGCAAACUUUGUCAAUAAAUUUUCUGAAGUUGUCUCAGAGCUGCGGGCCUUACAACCUGGGCUUCAAGACUUUGAACUGCGUGCAGUGGUGGGUCGCGGUCGCUUUGCUGAAGUCCGAGUUGUCCGAGAGAAGGCUACUGGAGAUGUUUGUGCACUUAAAGUCAUGAAGAAGACAGAUUUACGCACUCAAGAAAAUGUGGUUUUUCAUGAAGAGGAGCGGAGGAUCUUGGCUCUGAACAGUAGUCCCUGGAUCCCACAGUUGCUGUAUGCCUUCCAGGAUAAGGAUCAUGUCUACCUGGCGAUGGAGUACUUGCCAGGUGGUGACCUGAUGUCUCUGCUAAAUCGAUAUGAGGAUCAGUUUGAGGAGUCCAUGGCUCGAUUUUAUUUGGCAGAGCUGGUAGAGGCCAUUCAUGCUGUUCACCAAUUGGGCUACGUCCACAGAGACAUCAAACCAGAGAAUAUUCUCAUCGAUCGGACUGGUCAUAUUAAGCUAGCUGACUUUGGAUCAGCUGCCAGGCUGACUGCUAACAAAACGGUGGCCGCUCCCACAGUGCCUGUUGGAACCCAGGACUUUCUUUCCCCUGAGGUCUUGACAGUCAUGAAUGGGCGUUCUCACAGCACCUAUGGGGUUGAGUGUGAUUGGUGGUCCCUUGGGGUCAUUGCCUAUGAGAUGAUUUAUGCCAGGUCACCUUUUUCUGAAGCCACUUCAACCAAAACUAUCCACAACAUCCUUAACUUCCAGCGUUACUUAAAGUUUCCAGAGGAGCCAUGUACCAGUAAGCAGUUUGUAGACUUGGUGCAGAGCUUGCUUUGUGGUGCCAAGGAUCGACUGGGUUUCCAGGGACUCCGCUGUCACUCUUUCUUCUCCAGUGUCGACUGGAACAACUUACGACAAGUUCUCCCGCCUUUCGUUCCUGCGUUGCAUGCUGAAGAUGACACCUCUAAUUUUGAGGAGCCGGAGCAGGCAGCCCCCUGGCCAGCCUCAGCAGCCCAGCAAGGAGCUCUGCCGGCAGGCUUCCAGGGCCAGGAUCUGCCCUUUCUAGGCUGGUUCUUCAGCAGAGCGUUGAUACUUUUGGCCAAAACUGAGUCAGUGUCUGCAGGCCUCAACUCUCCUGCUAAGACCAACUCCAUGGAAAAGAAACUGCAUCUUAAAAGCAAAGAACUACAAGAAACUCAAGACAAAUGUCACAAGAUGGAGCAGGAAAUCUCCAGGUUCCAGCGUAAAAUGACUGACCUGGAGUCAGUUCUCCACCAGAAGGAUGUGGAGCUCAAGGCCUCUGAGACUCAACGGAGUAUCCUGGAGCAAGAUCUUGCCACCUACAUUACUGAGUGCAGCAGCCUAAAGCGAAGCUUGGAGGAGGCACGAGUGGAGGUCUCUAGAGAGGACGACAAGGCCAUGCAGCUGCUGCACGACAUACGCGAACAGAGCAACAAGCUGCAAGAAAUUAAGGAGCAAGAGUACCAUGCCCAGCUGGAGGAAAUGCAGGUGACCAUCAGGCAGUUAGAGGAGGAUCUGUCUGCUGCCCGACGUCGCAGCGACCUCUAUGAAGCUGAACUUAGAGACUCAAGACAAACAAGUGAGGAGCUCAAAAGGAAAGCUGUGGAAUAUCAACAAAGGAUCCAGAAGGCCAAAGAGCAGGGUAAAGCUGAGGUGGAGGAGCUUCUCUCCAAACUUGAAAAGACUAACUCUGAGCAGCAGGUGAAAAUCCAGGAGCUCCAAGACAAACUGUCCAAGGCAGUGAAAGCGAGCACAGAAGCCACAGAGCUGCUACAGAAUGUUCGGCAGGCCAAAGAGCGGCUGGAACGAGAUCUGGAGCGCCUGAAAGGCAAAACCGACUCUAGUGACACUUUAAAACGCCGUCUUAGGGAGACAGAGCAGGAGGGCAGGAAGACGCUUGAGAAUCAGGUAAAGAGGCUGGAGAUGGUUGAGCGGCGGGAAAAUAAGCUGAAGGACGACAUUCAGACCAAAUCCCAACAGAUCCAGCAGAUGGCCGAAAAGAUCCUGGAACUGGAGGAAAACCUGAGGGAUGCCCAGUCGACAGCUCAGAGGAUGGAAACGCAACUGGUUCAAAAGGAGAGGCUUUAUGAAGACAAGAUCAAAGUUCUUGAGGCCCAGAUGAAAGCAGACCUGGCUGACAAGGAGAGCCUCGAGGCCAGGAGGGCACAGCAGGAAGAAGAGUCAAGGGAGAACUGUAAACUCAUCAGUGAACAGAAAGCAACCAUUAAUGCUAUGGAUUCAAAGAUGAAGAACCUGGAGCAGCGCAUCGCUGAGUUGUCAGAGGCUAACAAGCUGGCCGCUAACAGCAGCAUCUACACCCAGAAGAAUAUGAAAGCCCAGGAAGAAAUGAUCUCAGAGCUUCGGCAGCAAAAGUUUUAUUUGGAGUCUCAGGCAGGCAAGCUUGAGGCCCAAAAUGCCAAACUAGAGGAGCACCUGGAGAAGAUGAGUCAGCAGGAGCAAACCAAGAGAACCCGGCUGCUGGAGCUGGAAAGCAGGCUGCGGGAGAUGGGUCUAGAACAUGAAGAAGAGAAACUGGAGAUCAAGAGACAGGUGUCAGAGCUGACCCUGUCCCUGCAGGAGCGUGAGUCCCAAAUCAGCAGCCUACAGGCUGCACGUCUUGCCUUGGAGAGUCAGCUGCAGCAAGCUAAGACUGAGCUGGAAGAGACAACUGCUGAGGCGGAGGAGGAGAUCACUGCCCUCAGGAACCACAGAGACGAUAUUCAGCGAAAGUUUGAUGCCUUAAGAGACAGUUGUUCAGUGAUCACUGACCUAGAGGAACAGCUGACACAGCUUAGCCAGGAGAACGCUGAGUUGAACCGCCAGAACUUCUACCUGUCCAAACAGCUUGAUGAAGCAUCAGACGAGAGGGAGGAUCGGCUACAACUCAGCCAGGAAGUGGACCGCCUGAGGAGGGAGGUGGCUGACCGAGAGAUGCACCUCAACAACCAGAAACAGAACAUUGAGACACUGAAGACCACAUGCAGCAUGUUGGAGGAGCAGGUGGUGGAGCUGGAGUCCCUAAACGAUGAGUUGCUGGAGAAGGAGAGGCAGUGGGAGGCUUGGAGAGCAGCUCUGGAGGAUGAAAAAAGCCAAGCCGAGAGACGUGCCAGAGACCUGCAAAGACUGCUGGACAAUGAGAAGCAGAACAGGCUGCGUGCAGACCAGCGCAGCACUGAGUCCCGCCAGGCAGUAGAACUGGCAGUCAAAGAGCAUAAAGCCGAGAUCCUGGCCCUGCAACAGGCUUUGAAGGAGCAAAGACUGAAGGCCGAAAGUCUGUCUGAUACUCUCAAUGAUCUGGAGAAGAAACAUGCCAUGCUGGAGAUGAAUGCCCGCAGCUUACAGCAGAAAUUGGAGACUGAGAGAGAACUGAAACAAAGGCUGAUGGAAGAGCAAGCAAAACUCCAGCAGCAGAUGGACCUCCAGAAGAGCCACAUUUUCCGUUUGACCCAAGGUCUGCAGGAUGCUCUGGACCAAACUGACAUGCUCAAGACAGAGAGAACCGAUCUGGAGUACCAGCUGGAGAAUAUACAGGCGGUAUAUUCCCAUGAGAAGGUGAAAAUGGAGGGGACCAUCUCCCAGCAGACUAAACUCAUUGACUUUCUUCAGGCCAAAAUGGACCAACCCACUAAAAAAAAGAAGGGUAUAUUUGGGCGGCGGCGGGAGGAUGUGGGCACCACAACUAAUGGGGCACUAGCUCCACAAGCCCAGCCGGCAGUUCCACUGCAGUACAGUGACAUGAAACUGGCUUUGGAGAAGGAGCGUUCAAGGUGUGCAGAGCUGGAAGAAGCUCUGCAGAAGAUGAGGAUAGAGCUGCGAUCCCUCAGAGAAGAGGCAGCUCAUUUCAAAGCCCAGGACCAUGUAGCUCCUUCCACACCAGCCCAGGCUCGCCAUCAAAUCCUCAUGUCAGCCAUUGUCAAAUCCCCAGAACAUCAGCCCAACCCCAGUAGCCUGCUUAACCCCUCCACCCGCUGCAAGGAGACUUCUACACCUGAAGAGUUUGGUCGUCGCGUGAAAGAAAGAAUGCACCACAACAUCCCUCAUCGUUUCACUGUGGGCCUCAACAUGAGAGCUGCCAAGUGUGCCGUCUGCCUGGACACUGUGCAUUUUGGACGGCAAGCUGCCACUUGUCUAGAGUGCCACACUAUUUGCCAUCCCAAAUGCUCACCAUGUCUUCCGGCCACCUGCGGUCUGCCAGCUGAGUAUGCCACUCACUUUUCAGAGGCUCUGUGCCGAGAAAAGGCAAACUCACCUGCACUGCAGGUCAAAGAGGCCAGUGGGCAUGUUCGCUUGGAAGGAUGGAUGAAGCAGCCUAGAAAUGGCAAGCGUGGCCAACAAGGCUGGGAGAGGAAAUAUGUGGUGCUUGAUGGAACCAAAGUGUCCAUCUAUGAUACAGAGCCCAGAGAAGACUCUGUAAAGGCUGAGGAAGAGUUUGAGCUCUAUCUCCCUGAUGGAGAGGUGACUGUCCAUGGAGCUGUUGGAGCCUCUGAGCUCAUCAACACUGCCAAGUCAGACAUCCCAUAUGUGCUGAAGUUGGAAUCACAUCCCCACACCACAUGUUGGCCUGGCCAGUCCCUCUACUUCAUGGCUCCUAGCUUCCCUGACAAGCAGCGCUGGGUGGCUGUACUGGAGUCUGUUGUGGCUGGUAGUCGUGGAUCUAGAGACAAAGUGGAUGCUGAUGCUAAACUUCUGGGCAAUUCGUUGCUGAAGCUGGAGGGGGACGACCGUCUAGACAUCAACUGCACUCUGCCUCUCACUGACCAGAUUGUGUUGGUUGGUUCUGAGGAGGGUUUGUACGCUCUGAACGUGAUCAAGAACUCUUUGACACACAUCCCGGGCCUGACCUCCGUCUUCCAGAUCCAGAUCCUGAAGGAGCUUGAUAAGCUGCUGAUGAUCACUGGGGAGGAGAGGGCACUGUGUCUGGUAGAGAUCAAGAAGGUGAAGCAGUCUUUGUCACAGUCCCAUCUCCCAGCUCAGCCUGACCUCAACCCCUUCAUCUUUGAGACAGUCAAAGGAUGCCACCUCUUUUCCUCUGGAAAGAUUGAUAAUGGGAUCUGUAUUUGUGCUGCUAUGCCUAAUAAGAUUACAAUCCUGCGACAUAAUGAAGGCCUAAACAAGUUCUGCAUCAGAAAGGAGAUUGAGACAUCAGAGCCUUGCAGCUGUAUUCACUUCACUGGCUACAGUAUCAUUAUUGGCACCAACAAGUUCUAUGAGAUUGAGAUGAAGCAGUAUGUACUGGAAGAGUUCUUGGAUAAAAACGAUGUGACGCUAGCUUCAGCUGUCUUCGCGGCAUCCUCACACAGCUUCCCCAUCUCUAUCAUCCAGGUCACCACGGCUCCACAGAAGGAUGAAUACCUGCUCUGUUUCCAUGAGUUUGGUGUGUUUGUGGAUGCUUAUGGCCGCAGAAGUAGAAGUGAGGACAUCAAAUGGAGCCGUCUGCCUCUCUCAUUUGCCUAUAGAGAGCCUUACUUAUUUGUGACCUACUUCAACUCUCUGGAUGUCAUUGAGAUUCAGGGACACGCUGCUCUUGGUCCUCACUCAUAUGCACAUCUGGAUAUCCCAAACCCACGCUACCUUGGCCCGGCCAUUUCCUCUGGGGCCAUAUACCUGGCCUCAUCCUACCAGAACAAACUUCGGGUCAUUUGCUGCAAGGGCAACCUCGUCCAAAGCCAAGAUGGUGGAGGCGAUCUGCAGCGUAACGGCUCUGGACGCAGUCCCAACAAGCGUGGGCCUCCUUCCUACAAUGAGCACAUCUCUAAAAGGCUGGCAGCCAAUCCUCUAGUCCACGGCGAUCCAGGCACACCCCACCGUUACAGAGAGGCUCGCACAGAAUUUCGGCGGGACAAGUCCCCCAGCCGUCCACUGGAGAGAGAGAAGUCUCCUGGCAGAAUGCUGGAAAGCCGGAUAGUGGGGUCUCCUGGCAGGGCCAUGGCAGACCCCCGGUUAGAGCGCUCCCCAGGCAGGGCCAUGGCCGACCCUCGCAUGGACCGCUCCCCUGGCCGGAUGAUGGAUGUUCGUAGGGAGAGGUCCCCUGGACGUUUCGAAGAGCGCCAAAGGCUUCAUACUGGCUCUGGACGCACACCCAUAAACCCUGUUAACAAGGUGUGGGAUCAGUCAUCUGUUUGAGGGACAAAAGAGCCUCAUACCCACUGUGGAAGGAGAAGAGAGAAGAUGUAGCAGAGAACCAGUGAGAAUGUUACCAACUCAUGAUGAAACACUGCCACACAUCUGUUUUGCCUGAUAUCCAAACUGAAAAACCCACAGAGGAAAACAACCGUAGCUGUCAGAACGUAGCGAGAACCAGAUAAACGAAGAGAUGUCAUUAGUAUCAGGUUUGGGUUUUUUUUUUUUUUUUUAAGGUCAACAAAAUGCCAUAUUAACAACCUGAGCAGGGUUUUUUGCAAUGCAUUCAGGCAUGUGUUCUCUACUCUGAAUAGGGAUUAGUAAUUAGAUAUAAUUUCUUCUUCUAAAAAAGAAAAUCUGAGCUUAGAUCUCAAGUUUGGCUUGCUUCAUUUAAUUCCAGAAAGCAUUGAGUACAAUAGAUAAGCACAGCCAUAGCAAGUGAUGCCUACAUAUUUAGUCAUUCAUGAAAAAUGGUAGAUUUUUACUCAAAAUAGCAUUAACACAAGUGGCUCCUUUCCACAAUGCUGUCCACAGUCGUUACAGGUCAGGGCAAAUGUGUAGCAGAUCACCUAUUGUAACAUUGAGUACUACUUCUGGCUCCAGCCCUGUGCUCACAUGGUAACACACAAUCAUUAUUGGCUAAUUACAAUCAUUUUCAGCUCAGUCCUCAGUCAGUAAUGCUGGCUGGACUUGGCUGGAGCAGGAGUAAAUUGAAUCAAAAUUAAUCAACAAUCCAUCCCUGAAGAAUCCACUCCGUAGAACCACACACUAAAACUGCACUACCCACAGUCCCCAGCAGCAAUGGAGCAGGACCUUUCUAAACCUUCAGAACGCUAUCUGACUGUAAAUAGACGAGACAUAAUUUUAUAUAUAUUAAGAAGGAAUUUCAAGGCUGGAUAAGCCGUGUCUAUUUUUGUUAAAGGAAAAAAAAAAAAAAAGUGACAGCGUGUCCUCUUGAAUGUCCAAUGAGUAUUCUUUUAAUGUCCAAAUGUCCUUUAUCAAGUGAGUGAUUGUAUCUCAAACAAACACGUGUAUGCACUUCCAUCUGUCAAAGGCAAAACCUCAGUGCUGAACUAAAUGACGGGAGGGAAAAAAGAACAUGUUUGAAGCUUAAAACAUAGUGAGCAUUUCUUUUUGUACACUGUCCCCUGUUAUUGUGUAUAUAACCCAAAACUGUUUAAAGUGAAGAUGAAAAUAAUCUCUUUUUUUUUUUUUUCUGCGAUCCGUUUAUGGCAUGGAUAUAUAUAUAUCGAAAAAGAAACGGGGUGUUGUCUUCUGCUUCUGCCUCAUUUGGGUUAUAUUUUUAUUCUACUUUUUUUUUUUUUUUAACAACAAAGCACGUGAAUGAUAUCUUUUAACUCUCAUCUAUUUGCACAGUAAAUUCACACAUAAUUUAAUAAUUUUUUUAAUUUUAUUUUAUUAAGGCAUUCUUGGCAAGUUAAAACAUCCAGUCCAAUCAGAACAAAUGCUAAAAAUGUAUCCACAUUUAUUUGGUUCACGUGGCUGAAAUGGCUUUAUUUCUGUACAUCAUGAUCUGAUGUAUAGAAAUAUUUUUUUGUGGGUUUUAGCAAUGUUUUUUGAAUGUAAACCGAUGAGAUGCCAAACUAUAACUUGCCCAGUUUGCCUUUCAACACUAUGGCACUCACUAGGAGGAUUUCUUCACUUUUAAGUCCACUAUGGUUAUUUUUAGAUGUUAAAAAGCUUCCUGAAUGUAUUUAAGCCAAGAAGAUACAGCUGAUUUAUUGGUCUCAGUGUUCAACAACAACAAAAAGAAAAAGCACCAAAUGCUACAGAUUGCACAUGUUUACUGCUCUCUAUAGUACUCUGUAUAAAAGGGUUAUCCAUCGUAUUUGAUUUUAUUUUUAUAUUAUUUUAAAUUUGUAUUUUCAUUCACAUGAUCCUGAAUCAUAAUGCUGUAACGCUGGAUAUGAUAUUGAUGUCUGCUAACAAAUGUUUAAUUAGCGUUCUCCUGUAGAGAUUUUGUCACAGAGUAUUAAAUAUUAUAAUCAUUGCAUUUCACUUCAAA